AUGAGCGCGAGCGCAGCUCCUCAUCUGCUCCAGCACGAGCGCCUGCGCCACAUCCCAUCACCAUCACCCCAUCCCACCCCAUCCCAUCACCCCCAUCCCACCCCAUCCCAUCACCAUCACCCCAUCCCACCCCAUCACCCCCAUCCCACCCCAUCCCAUCACCAUCACCCCAUCCCACCCCAUCACCACCAUCCCACCCCAUCCUCAUCACCCCCAUCCCACCCCAUCACCAUCACCCCCAUCCCACCCCAUCACCAUCACCCCCAUCCCACCCCAUCACCAUCACCCCAUCCCACCCCAUCACCAUCACCCCCAUCCCACCCCAUCCCAUCACCAUCACCCCCAUCCCACCCCAUCACCAUCACCCCAUCCCACCCCAUCACCAUCACCCCAUCCCACCCCAUCACCAUCACCCCAUCCCACCCCAUCACCCCCAUCCCACCCCAUCCUCAUCACCCCCAUCCCACACCAUCACCCCCAUCCCACCCCAUCCCAUCACCCCCAUCCCACCCCAUCACCAUCACCCCAUCCCACCCCAUCACCAUCACCCCCAUCCCACCCCAUCCCAUCACCAUCACCCCCAUCCCACCCCAUCACCAUCACCCCCAUCCCACCCCAUCACCAUCACCCCAUCCCACCCCAUCACCAUCACCCCAUCCCACCCCAUCACCCCCAUCCCACCCCAUCCUCAUCACCCCCAUCCCACACCAUCACCCCCAUCCCACCCCAUCCCAUCACCCCCAUCCCACCCCAUCACCAUCACCCCAUCCCACCCCAUCACCAUCACCCCCAUCCCACCCCAUCCCAUCACCAUCACCCCCAUCCCACCCCAUCACCAUCACCCCCAUCCCACCCCAUCCCAUCACCAUCACCCCCAUCCCACCCCAUCCCAUCACCAUCACCCCCAUCCCACCCCAUCACCAUCACCCCAUCCCACCCCAUCACCAUCAUCCCCAUCCCACCCCAUCCCAUCACAUCACCCCCAUCCCAUCACCAUCACCCCAUCCCACCCCAUCACCCCCAUCCCACCCCAUCCCAUCACCAUCACCCCCAUCCCACCCCAUCCCAUCACCAUCACCCCCAUCUCACCCCAUCCUCAUCACCCCCAUCCCACCCCUCCCAUCACCAUCACCCCCAUCCCACCCCAUCACCAUCACCCCAUCCCACCCCAUCACCAUCACCCCAUCCCAUCACCAUCCCACCCCAUCCCACCUCAUCCCAUCACCCCAUCCCACCCCAUCACCAUCACCCCAUCCCACCCCAUCCCAUCACCCCAUCCCACCCCAUCACCAUCACCCCCAUCCCACCCCAUCACCAUCACCCCAUCCCAUCAUCAUCACCCCAUCCCAUCACCAUCACCCCAUCCCACCAUCCCAUCACCAUCCCCAUCACCCCAUCCCCAUUCCAUCACCAUCAUCCCAUCCCAUCACCAUCACCCCAUCCCAUCACCAUCAUCCCAUCACCAUCACCCCCAUCCCAUCAUCACCAUCAUCACCCCAUCCCAUCCCCAUCACCCCAUCCCAUCACCAUCACCCCCAUCCCAUCACCAUCCCAUCACUAUCACCCCCAUCACCAUCCCAUCCUCAUCACCCCCAUCCCAUCCCAUCCCAUCACCCCCAUCCCCAUCCCAUCACCACCGGCCCCAGCCUCUCCACUCUGAGUGAGGUUUAA